CAUGUGCAGAAUGACGUCGCGCUGAAGUCCGACCGACUCCUUCGUUUGUUUUUAUUACUCUUUUAAUCUUGGACCCAGAAUCGGUAAUCUGUAAAUUUGCGGCCAUAAUGUGAGAUCAUCUGCCGCUGUCGUCCGACCCGUGGCUGCCGUUCGUCCUGUCAGGAGCCGCGGCUCGCUGUGGAGGAUUUACUAGUGAUAAUACGCAGUAGACUUCUCCAUCCUCUGGAUUAUCGCUGCCCAGCAACACGGCCACCUGACAACUCUGAAUGUCGUAAUUAAGGUGGAUCAAUGAGCCAGCAAUGGAGACCAAAAGAUACCAAAGUUUCUUUGAUGGAAGUAAUACAGAGAACAGAUGGGCGCAGGUCCCCAACACCAUGGAGCACUGCUGCAGCACAGAGGAUUCAAGUCUGACUAGCAGUGAUAUCCUGAUGGACAUAGUCAAUGUGAGCUGCCCUGCUGGAAGCCCGGCAACCGACUGCAAAGACAACAAUACAAAGAAGCAGGAGCAGCCAAUCCUUCGGCUCAGCCAGAACCAGCCAUUUGUUCUCCCACAUUUCAACAACUCUGUCCAUGGUCAUAAGCAGGAAAUGGACUCUAAGGAGCUUUCCAAGACUGUGGCCGAGUCUAUGGGCCUGUAUAUGAAUGCUGCCAGGGAGGCGGACUUUGCCUUUAGCCAGCAUGGGGGCAGUACCAGCCCUGGGAAGAUGUAUCCAGUGUGUGGGCGGGUUCUAGAGGAGACCCAGUGUGGCUCCACAAAGAGCCCCAAGUUAAAGCCAUUUGGUUUCCAGCAGCCCAGCACCACUCCCAGAGAAUGCACCACUGGGACUCCCGUUAGUUCAGCCUCAAUGCUGGCCUCAUCUCUGUCCUGCAGCCCCCAGACCUCCAGCUCCAUCUCUAGCCCCGGGGGCAGCAACAAUAUGGUGUCGUCAACCACCAGCCCUCCUACAUGUUUUGGACCAGUGUGCUCGUCCGUCAGUAGUCCUGUCAGCCAGACGUCUUGUGCUGCAACUCUGGCCAACAUCAAGCGCAGGAAUUCAGCCACAUGUAGCCCCGUGGGGUCCAGCACGGUGGGCUCACCACCUCUCACCAGCCCGCUCAACGUCAUGAGAUCCCCCAUGUCCAGCCCACAGAGUAUGAGUAGUGUGAGAUCUCCUCCGUCCUGCAGCACUACCUGUAACAUUAGGUCAUCUGUCUCGAGCCCUACAGGUGGCAGCUGCACCAGCACUGCCAACAACUGCAACACAGCAAGGCCGUCCAUCUCCAGUCCGGCCGCAGGGGGUGCCAUGGCUGUCAGCAGCCCACAGAACCCCUCCUCAGGUGGGUUUCCCGUGUCCAGUCCUACUGGUGGACUGGGUUUGGUGCAGAAUGACACCAACAGCCCAGAAGCAGCAGGUCUGAGCAGAGACGCAGACUUCAAGAACUUUGAAUUCCCUAAAGUAGAGGUGGUAGACGGGGAGGUGUUCAACGUCGGCUUAGACCAGAUGGGCAUGGUUAAGUUCAUAAAGAACGAGCCUGGAACUGACUUCAGAAGCAUGUGUUUAGGCAGCUCCAAAUGUAAUGCGAGUAGCACGCCUUUUAUCACACAGAUUAAGAGCGAGCCAAACAAAAAUGAGGGAUGUAUGAACCAACAGCCCUAUGGUGAGCAGUCACCAUCUCUUAGUCACUUUCCUGCAUCUGAGACCACCUAUUUGUCCUUGAGGAAUAACAUUGAUGAAUACAGUCUUUCUGGUAUCUUAGGACACCCUGUCGCCUCUAUGAAUGGGAACUAUGAGUCUGAUGUGUUCUCCAACAAUGUUCUGUCUAAAGGGGUUAAGCAGGAGACCACUGAUGGCAGCUAUUACCAAGAGAAUAACAGCAUGCCCACAUCGGCUAUUGUUGGAGUUAAUUCCGGUGGACAUUCAUUCCAUUACCAGAUUGGAGCGCAAGGAACAAUGUCUUUCACGCGGCAUGAUGUGAGGGACCAGUCCAACCCUUUGUUGAAUCUCAUUUCGCCUGUAACAGCGUUAAUGGAGUCGUGGAAAUCUCGGCCGGGCAUGUCACAGGGGUCACUGUCAGCCAGAGGCGAGGGUUACCUGGGACAGAACUGCAUCACGGACAGCAUGUCGAGCUCGCCACUGAGACAACCGUCCUCAACGGCCAAAGUGUGCCUGGUUUGUGGCGACGAGGCAUCAGGAUGCCACUACGGUGUUGUGACAUGCGGAAGCUGCAAAGUCUUCUUUAAAAGAGCCGUGGAAGGUCAGCACAACUACCUGUGUGCUGGGAGAAAUGACUGUAUCAUUGACAAGAUUCGAAGGAAAAACUGUCCUGCAUGUCGCGUACGGAAGUGUCUCCAGGCCGGGAUGAACCUAGGAGCACGGAAGUCCAAGAAGUUAGGGAAGCUGAAGGGUGUCACCGAGGACGUGCAGGGCUCUAAGGACGGCCAAACUGCCACAGGUGGCGUGGGAGGCGGUUACCUGUCCUCAGAGAAGGAGCUCACAGCCAGCGCUGCCAAUGCCCUGGUGCCCCACGGGCCUGGGGUGGUCACACCUUUUCUGCCGCCGUCCAUCUGCAGUGUGUUGGAGCUGAUUGAGCCUGAAGACGUGUACUCUGGUUAUGACAACACACAUCCUGACACCGCUGACCACAUGCUGUCCAGUCUCAACCGCCUGGCCGGAAAGCAGAUGGUACGCAUGGUGAAGUGGGCCAAAGUACUUCCAGGUUUUCGGAGCCUGCCCAUUGAGGACCAAAUCACCCUGAUCCAGUACUCAUGGAUGUGUCUGUCCUCCUUUUGCCUCAGCUGGCGCUCCUACAAACACACCAAUGGACAGAUGCUCUACUUUGCCCCUGACCUCAUCUUUGACGAGGAGCGCAUGCAGCAGUCAGCCAUGUACGACCUGUGUCUGGGCAUGAGGCAGGUGAGCCAGGAGUUUCUACGACUGCAGCUAACCUACGACGAGUUCCUCUCCAUGAAGGUCCUUCUGCUUCUCAGCACAGUUCCUAAAGAGGGUCUGAAGAACCAGGCGGCGUUCGAGGAGAUGAGGGUUAAUUACAUUAAGGAGCUCCGGCGUUCAGUGGGAAAAGCAACCAACAACUCUGGCCAAACCUGGCAGCGCUUCUUCCAGCUCACCAAGCUACUGGACGCCAUGCAUGAUCUGGUGGGGAACCUGUUGGACUUCUGUUUCUACACCUUUCGUGAGUCCCAGGCCCUGAAGGUGGAGUUCCCUGAAAUGUUGGUGGAGAUCAUCAGUGACCAGAUACCAAAGGUGGAGUCAGGCCUCACUCACACAAUCUACUUCCACAAGAAGUGACUCACUUAGCAGUCGGGACACAAGCGGCAUAAAGAACUGGAAGAGAGGAGGAAGAAGUUCAAGAAGAGAAAAUGUGCGAAAAAAGGGCCAGACCAGUUGGCUCGCACCCGGUCGCCCAGUAUGCCAGCGUCCUCGCCUUGGAUGGGAAAAGUCAAGUGACGUGGUGACAGAAGUAAAAAGGGGAGAACUGAUUUGACCCUGCAGUCACCACGAGGGUGGUCAGAGCUGUGAAUAGUUCGUGGAGCCGAGCGCGACACGCUGAGGACUUGAGAUAAAUGUGACAAAGCAUCCUGAAGUACCCCACCCCGUGCUCCCCUUGCCCCAAAGACGAUAACAGUAUUUUCUAUGGAGAUAAAGCCAUACAGUUCUUAGGAUGCGCUAGAUACAGUCACUGCGUUCGCACACACACACACACACACACACACACACACACACACACACACACACACACACACACACACACAGUAGAGGGAAAUUGAUACACAUGCUGUCCACAUGCCUUCACACAAACGCACAGAUGCACUCCACAUGCACUAAAAUCAGAUUCCCUUACAAAUCUAGAGAGCAAGUUUUUGCAAAUAUUUAAUGUGGCUUAUGCAGUCUUUCACAAAUAAUAGCACUAUGAAAUUAUAAAAAGAUAUGCUAAUACUUAGAUUUCGCUUUGCAGUGUAGCAGCAUACUGCAAGACUACAAGGCAAGGGACAUUAUGAGGAGGCAGAAAUUCUAGACUGUAAGGCGAAAGGUCUAUUUGAAUAUAAUCCAAGGGCUAUACAAGCAUCAUCAUAAGUUGAAUAGUUACAUUAAAUCUAAAAAGUCCAAUUUUGAAUCUCAAUCAGUGUCAUAACAGCCAUCAUUAACAUUCACAUUUUUUUAAAUAAAUUAUUUAGUAAAACAAUCAAAACUAAUAUGCAAAAGUCCAAAGCUAAAGCUGUUAAAUUAAAAAAAAAUGUCUCUCUUGUGUAAUGUAAGCUUGCACAUGAAGCUCCCAUGUAAUAAAGUCAUUAUUUUAGGAAUUGUUGUGUAGAGUUAAGACAAUAUUGAUGAGCGAUUUUACCUUUGUGCAAAAACGGUCAGGAGUGUCGCAGGAUGGAAAACAUCAUGCAUUUACGGAAACGAUUUCAGUAGAGUCCGCUGGUAAUGGAUUUGACUGAGGUGCAUCCAUAGUAAUUGUGUUUUGUGUUAUCUCCAGAGCAGCUGUCCAAAUGUCUGUUUUUACUCACAAUGAAGCAAAACCAGCCCUUUGUGAACCAACACUUAUCUACUCUUCCCAGAAAUAAUAAAAAACGUUUUAUAAAAGUGUGUUGCAAAGGUUUAGUUUUUGACAAGCCAGUCAUUUUUCAUUAAGGUGCUUCAUUUUUACAAAGCCAGGCAAAGCAUAACAUGUACAGUAACGCGUAGACAGUCCAUACUGUACAAUACACUUAUAUGGACACGCAGUUUAAACACACAUACUCUGUAAAGUUGAUAUAAUCCAAAAUGGAGCAUUACUCUGCAGUGCUUACAGCAAACGGCUAAUGUAUCAAAAACCAGGCAGAUGUUUAUAGGUAUUAACAAAUUCUUAAACACAUUCUAUUCAGCAGUUGUACAGAAGAUGUUUUGAGGUACAUGUGGAUGAAUGCUUGAUGAAGAACUGUUGGUACUGUAUUAUCAUAUUUCCUAACUCUACUCUUUGGGCCAAGUACUACUAUUUUAGGUAUGGCAGGCCCAGUCGUCUGGACCAUUAACUUGUCUCACACCCCACUGGUUUUUGGGUAGUUGUGGAAUACUACUAUGAUGCUACUGAAAAGCGAUAGAGCCGCUAGAUGAGAAAAACAGUGGGGGCGUGUGAUUAUUUGUUUUGUUUUUUUGUGCCCUGUGAGUGUGUAUUUACAUUUGUGUGUGUGUGUGUGUG